AUGUACGCUACAGGCAGCGCGGCUGCCAGAGGACUCCAGUGCAAUGCGUACCUGAUCGAGACCCAGAGGCCUUGCAACCUGAAGAUCCACAGCGACAGCACCGCGGGGCGGGGCAUGUGCAGCAGAGUGGGCGUGGGCAAGGUCAGGCACCUGGAGCUGAUGUACUUGUGGAUUCCAGAGCGGACGGCCGACGUGCUCACCAAGUACAGCGAGUGGUCGGCGAUAGAGAAGGAGUGCACCACUCUGAACCUCAUGUUCCGGAAACAGUUCAAGGGCUUGUGCGCAAUGGCAGUUUCCACGGGGGUCGCGACUUCUGCGUCGGGCGAGAAGGGCAGGGUAAUCGAGCAGCUGCGAGUGACGGCCACGGCGCACGGACCCCUCAUCAGGAUCAACCUUCAGGACUUGAGAAGCCCUGAGGCCGCGCAGCAGUGGACCGAGACGUUCACGUGGUGCUGCGAGAACGAGCAAAAGGCGUGCGAGACCACCACCAGCAAGCUCUUCGAUUGUGACGCAGGCCUGAACAACUGGUUGAAAGGCUGGUCUGUCCCGAAGAAAACGUGGUGCUGCGAGCACGAGCAGAAGGCGUGCGAAACCACUACGAGUCUGCCCUUCGACUGCUCGGCGGGCAAGGACAACUGGGAGGCUGGAUGGUCUUCUCCGAAGAAGAAGUGGUGUUGCGAGCACGAGCAGAAGGCGUGCGAAACCACUACGAGCUUGCCCUUCGACUGCUCGGCGGGCUUUGACAAAUGGGAGGCUGGCUGGUCGGCUCCGAAGAAGAAGUGGUGCUGCGAAAACGAGCAGAAGGCCUGCGAGACUACAACAAGUUUGCCUUAUGACUGUUCGGCUGGCUUCAGUAACUGGAAAGCGGGAUGGUCGAUUCCGAAGAAGAAGUGGUGUUGCGAGGCUCAGCAAGUCGCUUGCGAGACAACUACCACAAGUAAGAUGUUUGACUGUGAUGCCGGCUUGGACAACUGGCUGAAGGGUUGGUCUAUGCCAAAGAAGAAGUGGUGCUGCGAGGUCGAGCAAAAGGCGUGCGGUACCACCACCGCAAAACCCUUCGACUGUGGCGAGGACUUCGACAAGUGGGAGGCCAAGUGGUCGAGCGAGAAGAAGGAGUGGUGCUGCGAGAACGAGCAGAGGGCCUGCUUCAUGCAGGACACCAACACAACUACCACGACCACCGAUGGGCCGACCGAUGCUACAACUACGACCACCGUGAAGUCCUACGAUUGCAGCGCCGCUUUAAGCAACGCCGAAAGGGCAUGGUCUGUUGAGAAGAAGCAGUGGUGCUGCGCGAAGCAGGGCGUCGGGUGCGCCACGUCGACCACGAGCCUGCCGUUCGACUGCGACGAAGGGUUCAAUAAGUGGGAAUCGGGCUGGUCAGUUCCGAAGAAGACUUGGUGCUGCAAGAACGCGAACAAGGGCUGCUUCACAUCGACGACCAGUAACGCCUUCGAUUGCGACGCGGGAGUCCAGAAAUGGGAGACGGGCUGGUCAGUUCCGAAGAAGGAGUGGUGCUGCCAGAACACGGGGAAGGGAUGCGGACCGACCACUACAAUCGAGGCCUACGAUUGCAACAAAGGAUUUGCCAAUUGGAGAGACGGCUGGUCGAUGGAUAAGAAGGACGGGCAGGGGCGUUGCAUCGUAUCAUGUUUUACACCCAGUGGCAAGCGUUAUAUGGGCUUCUAAAGCGCCUCUUGGG